GACACCACAUUCCAACGAGCCUUUUUGUUUUUUCAACACUGUAGAGCCCAAAUCCACACCCACUGCUGCAGGCGGCUCUCCACAGCACUCAACUAACUUCACUUCACUUCGGCACUUGAGUCACACACUCACAGGUGACUAGUCUCGGCGCCGCUGUCUGCGUUGCUGUGGACCCUUAUCACUGUUUUGGGGACGAGGAAAAAACAUUUUACGAUAGAAAUGCCCGAUAUUACCUGAAUGUGAUUAUUGAAGUCUUUAGUUGUCAGUGGCGCUAGAGGGCAAGAUGGCGGGUCAUAACCACUGCCACCAUGACCAGGCGAUGGGCUUCUUCUAUAACAACAGCAACCAGACCAAGGACGAAUGGGACAGGACCCAGCUCAUACUCGUGCAGGUGGUGGGCUCGGUCUUCUGCUGCUUCAUCCUGGUCUCCAACGCCAUGGUGAUCGCUGCCGUGGUGACCAACAAGCGUUUCCACUACCCCUUCUACUACCUCCUGGCCAACCUGGCGGCCUCCGACUUCCUGGCAGGCAUCGCGUACGUCUACCUGAUGUUCAACACGGGCGAGGUGUCGCGCAAGCUGACGGUGCAGGGCUACUUCAUACGGCAAGGCCUUCUGGACACCAGCCUCUCCGCCUCGCUAGCCAACCUCCUGGUCAUCGCCCUGGAGAGAUACAUCUCCGUCAUGAAUUGGAAGGUGCACAGUAACCUGACGAAGCGGCGUGUGACGCUGCUGAUCGUGUCUGUGUGGGGCAUCUCCAUCCUGAUGGGGCUGGUGCCCAGUCUGGGCUGGAACUGCAUCUGCAGCCUGGACCUCUGCUCCACGCUGGCCCCCAUCUUCAGCCGCAGCUACUUGGUCUUCUGGUCCAUCUCCAACCUGGUGGUGUUUCUGGUCAUGGUGGCCAUCUACCUGCGGAUAUACGCCUACGUCAGGAAGAAGACGGCCGUGCUCACGCCACACACCAGCGGCUCCAUCAACCGCAAGCGGACGCCCAUCAAGCUCAUUAAGACUGUGAUGACCGUGCUGGGUGCGUUUGUGAUCUGUUGGACGCCUGGUCUUAUAGUGCUGCUACUAGAUGGUUUGGACUGCGAAAGCUGCAAGGUGCUGAAGUUCAAGAGAUGGCUGCUGCUGCUGGCGGUGCUGAACUCCGUCAUGAACCCGGUGAUCUACUCCUACAAGGACGAGGAGAUGUGGACCACCUUCAAAAACCUGCUGCGCUGCGUUGGCAACGGCACCCGCCGCCAGCGCUCGCACAAGGCCAACAUCCGGCCCGGACAGGAGUCCGGAAACAGCCUACGCCUCUCGGAGGACACCAGCAACACCACCACCAAGACCUCCUCUGCACAGGAGGUGCUCAAGGCCUAGGGCAAGCAAUGUUUAAGGCCUAGGACAAGUAAUGGUUAAGGCCUAGGACAAGCAAUGGUUAAGGCCUUAGGACCAGAGAUGUUCAAGCCCAAGGACAACCAAUGGUUAAGGCCAACAACCAAUGGUUAAGGCCAACAACCAAUGGUUAAGGCCUAGGACCAGAGAUGUCCAAGGCCUAGAACAGCAAAUGCUGCAAGACAAUGGGACAAAGACAUCGGAUGCUCAUGCUUGUUUAGGUCUAGAACUAUGGAGGCUGUGCUAUGGCACAUAGGCGGGACCAAGCCCAGUUGAAGGGCAUAGAAGGUCAAGGCUAGGAUAGCACGUGUCUGUGGAAGGAGUUGUGGAGUAUCAAAAAUGUUUCAAAAAAAGACCAAAAACACCUAAUGGAAGCAGAAUGUUCAUUCCUAUCUACGCUCCAUGGUUCUGAAACAAGAGGUGAUCAAGACCUAGAGACCUCAUUUGCUGAGGCCUGGUGCAUCCCGAAGGACUAGCGCAGCAGAUGGUCAAGGACAAAGGGGGUCUUGGGACAGGAGAUAACGACCGUGUGGGACAGCAGAGACUGGAGGCUUUGGAAAAGGGAUGCUGAAGUAUUGGCACAGGAGAUGCUUGGACAGUCCCUGCUGAGGGCAUGGCCCAGCAGAUGUUCCAGGCUUUGAGACCUCAAACAUUGAAGGCCUUAACCAAUGCAACAGAUACUCAAGUCUUGACCCCACAUGUUCAGGACCUGGGGAAGCACAUGCUCAAGGCUCUGGACAAAGGGUGAUGAUACCUUUGGGACAGCACAUGCCAAGGCUGUAGCAAGAGUGAGCGAUUGCUUGAACUUUAAACCAGCUGAUGCUGACUCCUAAGGACAUCACCUCAGCUUUGGACUGUGGAUACUGAAAGCACGGGAAAGGAGUAAUCAAAGGCAGAGGAUGAGACAUUACCCGUGUACCUGUACCAUGUUUUCAUUUUUUUUUUUCAGAUGCUCAGGGCCUACCACAACACAUGCUGAAAGAUCUAGCCCUUCUCAAGCCGAAGGUCUGGGACAGGAGUGUUUAAGGACUGAGAAUGAGACAUUACCUGGCUGUUUACAGGAACACAUUUCCUGCUUGAUUUACAUUCAUGCAUUUCCUUCAAUAAUCUCUUCCUCACUGCAGGUGAACCACACCCCUGACAGUCUAAUAAUGUAGGACAUAUACCACUGUUGCUGCCGAUGCAUGCGAUUCCCCAUUCAUACUAAGUACUGUACUGUAUUCUGUUGUUGUAAAUAUAUGUAUUUUUGAUGUUGUUCCAAUGUACUAUCGUCCUGUGUGGUAUAUACUAAAGGAAUUAAAUGUGUUUUGUCAUUUCA